AUGCCUAACGUUCCUACCGUCCUUACUUUUCUGCUUGCUCUCGGCACCGGUAGUAACCUCGCAUCCGCCGCCGCCCCUGCCCAUGCGGGUUUCCACGUCCAGUACCCAUGGUCGUCUCGUGGUGCCAACCUCCCGUCUCGGCCAGAAUUAGAUGAGUUCCACCCGUUUUGCCCCAAAGGGGAGAUCGUGCACAACCCCCAAGCCUACGCCCGCAGCUCCCGCACGUUCCUUUCUUUCUCAGGCCAUCCUGGAGACCUUGUCACAGCUCUAUACACUCGGAACAGAGUGCCGAAGAAGAGGGACGACUUCCCUCAUAUCAUUCUGCAAGACUUACCCAUCCAGCCCUCUGGUCAGGUGUGCGUCAAUGUUACGAUACCUUUCGAGACCAAGCUUAACGAGAUGGGGGUCAUGUACUUUGAGGCCAAGGACCCGGCGACGGGCAAGGUGCAAUACUUUUGCACUGAUGUGAAAAUGGCCGAUACAGAGGCUCUCCCCGAAGAGCACCCGGCCAUGUGUGCGGCUGGGAACGAGACGCUCAUCCCGAUGCCGGAUGAAUACCUGUAG